CUCUGAUCUCUCUCUCUGUCUCUCUCUCUCUCUACCUCUCUGCAGCUUCACCUCCAUACCUCUGAGAGCAUGCCUAUUCAAUGUCAUCAAGAGAAAGGGAGAGAUUUGAUGAAAUAGGGAAGAAGAUCAAGAGAGAAGCAGACCAUGCAAGUCAAUUAAUGGGAAGAAGACACAUGUUGGGUCCUCCUGGAACCCUAAACACAGUAACUCCAUGUGCAGCCUGCAAGCUUUUGAGACGCAGGUGUGCUCAAGAAUGUCCCUUCUCUCCCUAUUUCUCUCCUCAUGAACCCCACAAGUUUGCUUCCGUCCAUAAAGUCUUCGGCGCCAGCAACGUCUCCAAGAUGCUAAUGGAGGUACCAGAAAGUCAGAGAGCAGACACGGCGAAUAGUCUAGUGUACGAGGCUAACGUGAGGCUAAGAGAUCCGGUUUACGGAUGCAUGGGUGCAAUUUCAGCUUUGCAGCAGCAAGUUCAAUCUUUACAAGCUGAGCUAAAUGCUGUAAGAGCUGAGAUACUGAGAUACAAAUAUAGGGAACCUAAUAUAAUUAAUAUAGCAUCUACUUCUUCUUCUUAUCAUCAUCAUCAUCAUGUAGCUUUGCUCCCUUCUGGGAUUGUUUCAAUUGCGGCUGCACCACCACCACCACCAGCACAAGUCCUGCCGGUGGCACCCUUGACGCCAUCUCCUCCUACUGCUUCCUCUUCUUCUUCUAUGUACACCCAACCAACCACUGCCACAAGCUAUAGCAGCCCGGUUUCCAGUGAAAAUGUUUCCUACUUUGGCUAAAUUUAAAUUAUUCAAACCUAAAUUCUGGGUUAAUUAAUUUAAACUCUAAAGAUCUCAUCAUGAUCUUCCCUUUUCUUUUUUAUUUUCUCUAUAUAUAAUUAUUAUCAAUCAAGUGGAA